AUGCCGCGGAAAAAGAAAGGUCCUCUGAGGUCUGUUAAAGAAGAUGAUGGGACUGAGAGCCCGCACGCUGCCUUCUUGCUUCAGUCACUCAUUACCAAUGCAUUCGAUGGCAAUGGAUUUCAGAAAAUCAAGGAAUACUUUGAACAGAAAGAGAGCCAUUUCCCUCAAAAAUACGGUCAUCUUCUCUUACAAAAGCUCGACAGAUCCAUCAAUAAGGAGCUGGAUCAGCACGCCUUUGGGCACGUCUCCUUGCUGCUCACCUGUGUUCGGCAGUUCUUCAUGGAUGGUCCUGAAGAGGAUGAGCCUUUACUAAUUCAGCAGGGACUGAUCCCAAAGAUGAUUUCCUGGUUUGAGAGGAUGACAGGGUUUCUCACCAUGGAAGACCUGGCCUCAGAUGCGUCUCUGAUCAGUGCAACAGAAGACUUCCUGGACACUGCCGUGGUUAUUUCCAGAUGCAGUAGAAAAGGGAAAUUGCAAAUGUUGGAUUCCUUCAUCCUCAGUUUAGGAUUCCUGGUGACAGAAACGAGGAUCAGCCAUUCGCUUCAGCAGGAGGCCGUGAGGACUUUGAACUUCAUUUUGCAAGCUGUACCUCGGGAAGAGAGAAAAAGCCUCCCCUUAUCAGAAAGCAUAUGUCAUCUUAUGAAAGACUUUGCAAGGACCAUCAUGACCGUGGGUGAUUACGACCAGCAGGUGGCAGCUUCCGAAACCUUGUGUAGGUUAACAACCAGAACCACAAGGGAGGAGCUUGCCAAGCAGUGGUUUGAGGAUAACGCCAUUGCAGAAGCUUUCAAAGACAUUAAGGAUCGAGAAUUCGAGACGGAUAUUCGUUGUUUUCUCAAUCUCCUAAAUGACAGACUUGGUGACCAAAAGAGGGUUUAUUCAUUUCCAUGUAUUGCCGCGUUCGCUGAUGGACGUGAGAUGAGAAAACCUGCAGAUGAAAAAUUAGAGAAAUUUUGGAUUGAUUUCAACCUCGGAAGUCAGAGUGUGACGUUUUAUAUAAACAAUGUGGAGAGUACUCUGUGGGAUCCAGUAAGAUUGUUGAAGGAGGCAGUGGUUCACUUCUGCUUAACAGAAACGGAGACGAUGAAGAUACUCCUCAUCCGCCUGCAGCAGCCUAUUGUCAUCAGCGGGAAAGAGGCGAUGAAGGUAGAAAUCCACUUUGAUGUACAGCUUGCCAUCGCACAGGCAGCCACUCGAGCACUGGGACAGGACAAACAGGUGUUGCCUGAUCAGAUGGAAACUUCCUGGGAACUUUCUACUAACUUUGAGAAGGAAGACACCAUGGCUAUGGUUCCUAAUGGCCAUGACAGAGAGACAGAGCAGACGGAAGAAUCCACCAACCUGGCACAAGUCAUGAGCCCUGAAGAUGACCACUGCCCAACAGUUCUCCCCAUCAGUGAGCAUGCCCAGCUUCCUCAAACUGAAACUGCUGAACAUUUACCUGAAAAACUGAAGCCAGAUGCAUUAAAGAAAGAAGUUACGUCGGCGCAUGAGUAUUCUUCAGACUUACCCGAAUCACGUGUGAACGCUCAGAGUCCUGAGCUCAGUGUUAAGGCCAGGGGCGAUUCUGCUUUCAACAGUGACAAAAGGCGAGCAAGGAGAAGGACGUUGGUUAAUUACAGGAAACACCUCUUUUCUGACAGCAAUGAGGAUUCUAGCAGUAGUGCUGGUGAGCAUUCUUGGACUGGGGACCAAAAGAAGAAAUUGCUAAUACCGUAUCCCAAUAGGAGAAGGAAGACGAAAGUCCGAAAACGUGGCAGCGUUCUGCUGCCUUUUUCCCUCAGCAGUGCUAGCGACAAUGAGAAAGACCAGGUAAAUAAACCCACUUUGUAUUGCUUCUGCGUCCUUAUGGACACAUCCAGGCAGGGGAAGGCCACUCGUCCAGAGAUGGCUGCACCUGGCUUGCGGGGGAGUCCUGCCACCGUAAUUCCUGAAGAUUUCUCCCAGACACCAGAAUAUGCGAGUCCCCGGCUGCUGAGCGGGUUCUCUUCCAGGGAGUGCUCAGAGGCUGAAGAAAAUGCAUCCAAGGUUGGGAACCGAGAGUCGCUAACGGACAAUCCGAGUGUCAAGCAUAAGCUGCAGAACCUGGAAGACAGAGAUGUGUCGCCUGAGAGUUCUGUGAAGUCCAAACAGUCCAGAUUAGAAGGCGACGCGCCAGGAUCCCCCCGCGUGGCAGCUAACACCCCGCCCCCACUGGCAGGUUCUGAAGGCUUCUCGACUCCUCCAUCCCCGGAAGGAGCACCGGAGGGCGCAAAAGGUUCUGCCAUCAUCACAGCCUUUGAAAGCUUCUCCAGGCGCCUGAGAAGAAAAUACGAGCUCGGGCACAGACAGAGUCUGCUUCAUUCAGACAAAGCGAAGCAAGCACCGGAAUGCCUCAAGCUGCUUUUAAACCAGAUACACUUGUGCAGACUCAACAAACUAGAACAGUUUCACAAUUUUGUUGUUCAAGAGCUGAGCAGUAUUGAAAAGGAUAUGCAGGCUCUGAGUGAACUGGAGGAGAAUGUUCUGGAAUUCUGGGGGAAGCAGUCUGCUGAUUUGAAAUCCUUCUGCGAUCGUCAGGUGCUGAGGCUUAACCCCAUGCACCCUUCAUAAGCAAAGUGGGACCCCGGAGGGAUUGGUACCUCUCAG